GUGUGGCUGAGUCUGGGCCACACCCAAUUGUCACACCCACUGUCACACCUUCCUGACCUGACCUCUUAAUUAUUCUCAACAAAGAUGUUGCGAUUCGCUUUAAAGCCAAAGGUGUUUGCUUCAGCAGCUGCUGCUCGCUGCAUGAGCUCUGGAAAUACUCCUACAACUAAACUAUUCAUCAAUGGGAAAUUUGUAGAAUCAAAAACCAACAAAUGGGUCGACAACUUUAAUCCGGCAACUAACGAGCUUGUUACCCGAGUACCUUGUGCCACUCAAGAGGAGAUGAAAGCUGCUGUAGAUGCUGCCCAAGCUGUUUUCAAGGACUGGAAGGAGACCAGCGUUAUGACUCGUCAGCAAGUUAUGUUUCGACUCCAACACAUCAUACGAGAGAACAUUUCUGAUUUGGCUAAAGUAAUAACGCUAGAGCAAGGGAAGACAUUAGCUGAUGCUGAAGGAGACGUAUUGAGAGGACUACAGGUGGUUGAACACUCCUGUAGUAUCACUAGUCUACAGUUAGGAGAGACAUUGGGAUCCGUUACUAAGGACAUGGAUACUUAUACUUACCGUGAACCACUGGGGGUGUGUGCUGGAGUGACGCCAUUUAAUUUCCCUGCCAUGAUACCGCUAUGGAUGUUUCCCCUAGCACUUGUAUGUGGCAAUACGUUUGUUAUGAAACCCAGUGAGCUUGAUCCAGGCGCUACGAUGAUGCUGAUGGAGAUGGCAAAGGAAGCAGGUGUACCUGAUGGAGCCGUCAACGUCAUUCAUGGACAGAAAGAAUCUGUCGAUUUUAUAUGUGACGAGCCAAGAAUCAGAGCUAUCUCAUUUGUCGGUAGCGAUAGAGUUGGAAAGUAUAUUUACGAGAGAGGGACAGCUAAUGGGAAAAGGGUACAAUCGAACAUGGGCGCUAAGAAUCAUGGUAUAGUCAUGCCUGAUGCCAAUAAAGAGCACGCCAUUAAUCAGUUGGUUGGAGCUGCUUUUGGUGCAGCUGGACAGCGUUGCAUGGCACUGUCAACAGCUGUAUUUGUUGGAGAAGCAAAGGAAUGGAUACCAGAGGUUGUGGCUAAAGCCAAGAAACUUAAAGUAGAUGGAGGAACUGAGAAAGGGGCUGAUUUGGGUCCACUCAUUACUCCUGAAGCAAAACAAAGAGUCUGUGAUCUUAUUCAAAGUGGAGUAGAAGAAGGAGCUAGUCUGGUCCUUGAUGGGAGAGACGUUAAGGUUGAUAGUGGGUAUGAGAAAGGAAAUUUUGUGGGUCCAUCCAUCCUGUCUGAAGUCAAGCCAAACAUGAAAUGUUAUACUGAGGAGAUAUUUGGACCAGUUCUAGUGACACUAAAUGUCGACACUUUGGACGAGGCAAUUGAACUCAUUAACAGCAAUCCUUACGGGAACGGGACAGCCAUUUUUACAAACUCCGGUGCAGCUGCAAGAAAGUUCCAGAAUGAGAUUGAUGUUGGGCAGGUUGGUAUCAACGUUCCGAUUCCUGUUCCUCUCCCAAUGUUUUCAUUCACUGGCUCACGUGCAUCAUUCCAAGGAGACGUCAAUUUCUAUGGAAAACAGGGCAUACAGUUUUACACCCAGGUGAAGACUAUCACUAGUCUGUGGAGACAGGAAGACGCUGGAACUGGUCCCACACCAACUGUGAUGCCCACCAUGAAAUAAAGAAAAUAUUUUCUAUCAUCUUUUUCUUGUUAUUAUUAUCUAGUUAAGUAUAAUAGUAGGACAGAGAAGGAAAUUUGUUAUUAAUUAUCAUCUAUUGUUAUUAAUAUUGUUUUUUUUCAUUUCAACUUUACAAAUAAAGUA